AUGGCGGAGCUGGGGAUCCAGCUGGAGGGGUGCGCGGAAGGUUCUGGGCCCCGGUUCCAGGGCCUCACAGAGCAGGCCAGGGACGACGUGGAGGACGCUUUGGUCCGGGCACAAUGUGCGGAUCUGUGGGGCCCGCGGCCGGGUGAAGACAUGGAGGACCUGGAGAGCCUGCUAAAGAGGCGCGUGGAGGAGGUGCGGGAGCUCUGCGAGGGGGGUGUGAUGGAGCUGGGCGCUCGGUUCGCGGAGAGCAUCGUGGAAGUGGCGCAACUGGAGCAGCGUCGAAACCAGCUGGUGGAGGAGCUCCUGCAGCUGGAGGAGCCCAUGGCCCAGGCCGUGCAGGCCCUGCGGGCGGAGCAGGGGGAGCUCCGCAGGCUGCUCGCUCGGGCGGAGCUGGAGAGGUGGAGCCUGCAGGAGGAGAGGCGGCUGGUGAAGAGGCGGCUGUUCGCCGUGGCCAGGGACUGCACCCUGAGCCGGGUUGCCCUGGAGACGCAGCAGCACGAGGUGGAGCAGUUCACUAUCAUGCAGGGUGAGCUUGAGGGCCAGGUUCAGCUGCUCACAGAGGAGAUGGCCCAGCUGAGGGAGGCUCAGCAGAACCGCCUGAACACCCUGAGGAGCCAGCUGGACAGCCUGAGCCUGGCGCGGGCUCAGGGAGACCAGUCCCAGGACCGGCAGCCCCCCUGGGACCUGAGCAACUACCUGCAGGACGGGAUGAAGGCCCUGGAGGAGCAGUACGAGCCCCGGCUGCAGGCCUUGCAGAAAAGGAAGCAGGCCGCCACCGAUGCCCUGCUGGGGACCAGGGCCGAGACACAGGAGCUGAGGGUCCGCCUGGGGCCCCUCAGAGAGGAGGUGCAGAGACUGGAGCACCAGAGGACACACCUGGAGGAGAAGAUCGCCCUGAUGCGGCAGGAAAGGGAGGAGAAAGUUGCGCAGUACAGGGACACCGUAGACUCACUGGAGGAGAGCAGCAGAGAACUCAAGACUGAACUCCAGAUUCAGAAGAAGAAAAACAAGGAAAUCCAAACCAUGAAGGACAGCCUCAUAAAAGAACUGGAUCUUUUCCGGGGCACGACUGAACUCCAAGGAAUGCUUGACCUCCCCUCCCAGGGAACGUGACCGAAGCAGUCUCUACAAAGAGGCCAUUUUGCCUAAAAUAACCUGUUUCUCUUCUGUUCGCGAACUGUAAAAAUGCAGAACGGCUUCAGCUGCUUUCAUAAUCCUCCACUAUAGGACAAGCAGCCAGAGGGGCGUGUGUGGAGUGAUCAGCACGCACAACCAAAAAUAGAGGGGGGGAAAAAAAGAAAAGAAAAAAAAAACAUGUUUAUUAUUUGAAUGCAUUUUAUACAACUGGUUUUUAAGGGAAAUGGGAGGUCUAACAAAGAAAUCACAUGAAUAUCACAACACUGAGAAACAAACAAGAAGGACCCUUACAGAUAAUGAAGCUGAAAAAAGUUCACUAAUGGACAAUUCUGAAAAUACAGAUCCCACCUGGGAGACUUAAAAACCCCUCAUUUAUGCAGGGAGAGAAACAGCCAUUUUAGCUUAUGCGUUUGCAAGAGAAAGGAGAUUCUUUGCUUAUCAGGAACUUGGCAAUUGCUGAUUUUAUGAGUCUUCCUUUUAAAAUACAGUUUUUCUCUUCAGUGUAUGCCGUUUUUCAUAGAAAAAAAAAAUCAAUGUGUGGGUGUUAAGAGCUCUACUUGUCCUUCAGUGACACGGCCAAGAAAACAAGCUGCAGUUCAUCUAUUAAUACUGGGAUCCAUUUGCUCGAAUGAGCAAAGUAAUGCCUUGAUCCUUAAUUAACCACAAAGCUUAAAUAUCAAACAGCC